CCGGGAGCAUGUACCAGGGCCCCGCGCGCUGCCUCUGCUCGGCGCUGCCCGCCCUCCGCCGCGCGCCCGCCGCCUCGCCGCCCCUCCGGCCUCGCCGCCCGCCGGCCCUCGGCACCGCCGCGCCGCGGGCUGCAGCGGGGGCCGCGCUGCCCCGCGCAGCCUGUUCCAUGGGAAACAGCACCAGCCGGCUCUACAGCGCGCUCGCCAAGACGCUGAGCAGCAGCACCGUGUCCCAGCACCAGGACUGCCUGGAGCAGCCUGACUCAGCGCAGCUGGAUCCCAUAGACCCCAAGGAUCUGCUGGAGGAAUGCCAGCUCGUUCUGCAGAAACGACCGCCUCGCUUCCAGAGGGACUUUGUGGACCUGAAGAAAAACACGGCCAGUAACCACCGCCCCAUCCGGGUCAUGCAGUGGAACAUCCUCGCCCAAGCUCUUGGAGAAGGCAAAGACAACUUUGUUCAGUGCCCCAUGGAAGCUCUGAAGUGGGAGGAAAGGAAGUGCCUCAUCCUGGAGGAAAUCCUUGCCUACAAGCCGGAUAUCUUGUGCCUGCAGGAGGUCGACCACUACUUUGACACCUUUGAGCCACUCCUCAGCCGACUGGGCUAUCAAUGUACUUUCUUCCCCAAGCCGUGGUCGCCGUGCCUAGACGUGGAGCAGAACAACGGGCCAGAUGGCUGCGCCUUGUUUUUCCUCAAAGAACGCUUCGAGCUCAUCAACAGCGCAAACAUCCGGCUCACUGCCAUGAAGCUGAAGACCAACCAAGUAGCAAUAGCUCAGACGCUGAAGUGCACUGAAACUGGAAGACUGUUCUGCAUCGCCGUCACCCACCUGAAAGCUCGUACUGGCUGGGAGAGGUUUCGGUCUGCGCAGGGCUGCGACCUUCUCCAGAACCUGAAGAGUAUUACCCAGGGUGCAAAGAUCCCUCUGAUCAUCUGCGGAGACUUCAAUGCAGAGCCAACUGAGGAGGUCUACAGAGAAUUCUCCAACUCCAGCCUCAACUUAAACAGCGCGUACAAGCUGCUGAGCCCCGACGGGCAGUCAGAGCCCCCAUACACCACCUGGAAGAUUCGGCCCUCUGGAGAGUGCCGGCACACGCUGGAUUAUAUCUGGUAUUCCCAGCAUGCCUUGAAUGUGAACUCAGCCCUGGGCUUGCUGACUGAAGAGCAAAUUGGGCCCAACAGGCUGCCCUCAUUCAAUUACCCUUCAGAUCACCUGUCUUUGGUGUGUGACUUUAGUUUUAACCAAGACCCUGACAGACUGUUAUAAUUGGUUGGAAUGCCACCCUGUAUUGCCGUGUCUUAAUUCACCAUUGUUUUGUUUUCCUGAAAACUUCUGAGGCUAGAAGCUAUUAAGGAUGAGGAAAUACUGUUGACUAAACAUUCUUUUAGGCACUUGUUUGGAAUUACACUUACCCUUCAGAGCUCAUUCAUCCGUAGCCUCUGAAGGAGGAAGAAAGGAGUCAGUGUUCCCUUAGUGGUGCUCCUUCUGUAUUCAGGUUUGAAAACUGGAAGGGAAAUGAGCUUUAUCCUUUCACUAACCCCUGUGUCUAAGAGUAUAAUCCUCUAAUGAAUGCGGAGGCCUGAGUAUUUAAAGUUAAACGUGAGUAUGUAAAACAACUUGCCCUGGCAGCAUGCUCAUUUUGUUUGUUUGAUGUUAAGCUUGUGCUGGUACCGAAGGGAACAAGGCUUUACUUCUCAGUUAGAUUCUCUUAGCUCCUUUUCUGUUGCAGAUGAAGGAAGCUAAACACGGUUUAGACAUGAACAAAUCUAAGAUCAUAUUGGUGUAGUCUUCUUAUUUCCACAUGACUUAAGAUGAAGACUCCAUUUAAAGUGAAGGGAUAAUAGCACAGUGUAAGCAAGGCCCCCUCAGCGAGAGUCAGGAAACAGAGGCUAACUGCAGUACAUCCUGUAGUGAUAUCCUCACUUUUCCAAAGAAUGCGCAUGUGUCUGUCACACACAUGGUCUCUAGGUAUACACAGUAACGGGUACCUCUUCUGUGCUUCCCUCCAGAGUACACGCCUAACAAGGGAGUGUUUUCUUGUCUGCUUCCAGUAUUACCUUUAGAAAUGGUUUAAACUGAUAGCCUUGUCCAUCUUGCAGUUUCACUAAAGGGCCAAUCUUCAUUUUGAAAGACUUCAUUUUAUUUAUCUUCAGAACUUAAAUCUACACUGGAACCUGUUAGGAGACAAAUUUUAUUUAUUGUGAGAAGCUGGUGAUCCUGUACCCAUCUUGAAAUCGCACAGCAACAGCGCUCAGGAGCACCUACAGGUCCUCUUUGCAUGGCCCAGGACCUAGGCCAUGUCAGAGGUGGGGUAGUGUGGUAGCUGUUGUGCGUGGCGUGGUGUGGUGCUCACUGGUGUGACAUAGGUAUCGCAUAAGUGGAUUGUAAGUGUGCCACUGUGCUGGGACAUGGCGAAGGGAAAGGAGAGAACCAAAAGUUGGAGUUGAGCUGACGUGCAAAUAGUUUGGAGACUAGGCAGAGCAAAUAAAGCAGUAUUUCCAUGAUGCGUAAGGCCCAUGGUAACUUGUAAAUGUUCCAGGUGUUAAUUAAUAAAAGUCCUUUGGAAAAAAUAAUAA